AUUCAGAACUCUUACAUUAACUUACCUUCAUAAAAUUUAAAAAAAAAUGGAUUAUUUAAACACACUUGUUACCAACAAUGCACCUAUUCAUAAUGCUGUAAAACUCAUCAAGCAGCUUCCUGUCACUCACAAAUUGACAGACAUGUAUAGACGUUCCUCAAAGAACGAACUCAUGUUUAUAGGUGCUGCUACAUUUUUAACCUUGUACAAUCUUUCUGCAUACAUUAAGGCUAAACGUCAAAGAUUAAACUUACCUCCCACGAUUCCUUUUGCUCUUCCUAUCGUCGGCCAUUCUUUAUAUUUGAUGUAUACUCCGUCCAGAUUCCUCGACUGGUGUAACGAAAAAUACGGAGAAGUAUACAACCUUAAUGUCCUUGGUAAGAUCAUCACGGUUGCAAGCGGAAAAUCAGCAGAAGAAGCUUUGGUUGCAGAUCAGUCUGAUUUAUCUUUGGAUCAUGGUGUUGUAAGAGAUCUUCUUCAUCUCGAUUAUGUCUUUGACGAACCCACAAUGGAUAUUGGAAUGGUUGUCAAUCCUUCUGUUGCCAAGAUCGCUAUUCCCAACUCAAAAAUGCCCAUGUAUGUAAAGGAUAUUCAACAGGGAGUGCUUAACGCUUGUGAUGCGUUAUUGAACGAAAAUCCCACCUUGAUCAAACGUCCUAGUCCAUUCUUUCAAAAUUUCGUUGCUUACAUGAGUGUUCCUUCUUUAAUCGGUACCGAAUUCGCUUUGAAUACUGAGGUUAUUGAAUCAUUUGCGCAGUUCACCGGCGAUGUGAUUAGUAAUGUCGGUCUGUUCUUGGUGACACCCACCUUUUUGCACAAACUCGUAUUGCCUUAUGUUCAAUCUUCUCAAAAGCACAUCGAUGUUAUGGUGAAAUAUGUUGCACCUGUUGUUCGUGAACGUCGUGAGAAGAUGAGACUGGCUGAAGCUGCUGGUCAAGAACAUGGUUUAGUUGAGAACUUUUUGCAAGGUCUUAUUGAAUUUGUAAAGACGGAUAAAGAUGGUGUUCAGUCCCAUUUGAGUCCAGAACAGAUUUCACAAUCAGUCCUGUUGAUCGCUUUUGCCUCUGUACAUACCACCUCCAUGAACUUGAGUUUCUGUAUCUAUUGGUUGCUUGCUCGUCCCGAUCUGAUGGAAAGAUUACAGUCCGAAAUUCAAACUGUUCUUCCUGGUGAUGGUCCUGUCACCCCCGAAGCACUUUCAAAGAUGAAGUUCUUGAAUAACUUUAUGCGCGAAGUACUUCGUCAAGGUGCCGAUAAAAUCGCCAAUGGUAAAAAAGCAAUGUAUGAUUUUACUUUUUCCAAUGGGUAUCAAGUACCCAAGGGACGUAUCAUCGAGUCUUCUCUCCGUCAAUUGAACUUUGGUGACAAUUCUACUAGAUGUAAAAUUGAUGAAAUGGAUCCUGAUAUGUCUCACAAUAAAAUAAGUACCACUCCAGGUAGAGAUUUCGCUUCCUUCGGUAUGGGUAAACAUUUAUGUCCAGGCCGUUUCUUUGCUGUCCAAGAAAUUCAAAUGACUUUAGUUUACCUUCUUAAAAACUAUGAUAUCAAGACCGCUAAUGGAAAGCGUCCCGUACCUGUUCAAAGCGUUGGUGGUGUUAUGGCUACCAAUUGUGAAGAUCCUUUAAUUUUUACACGUAAAAAUUAAUAUAGUGCAACUCUAGAAAAAUUUACCCGCUCCAACAUACACAUGUAUAUAAUAAAUUAAAUUUAUACUUCACUAUUGUACAAUUUA